CCCUGCGUCCGUGCAUCGUCAUCCGUGGCUUCUUUUUCAGCGUUUUGGGGAUUUUGGGAGCGUGCAUUGCGGGCAGAUAAUGGCAACGCGGAAAACAGAUCCUACUGUCCAAGAAGCGCUGGAGUUCUGUUUCCUGCGACGGGAAGGUGAUGAGGGAGACGAGAUACCGGAGGAAGAGAGAGAGAUGUCUGUUCACAUGUUUGCUCUUGACAAGCAGCCAUCUGAGGAUUCAGAUGGGGAUUGGGAGUCAGAUGUUUCUACCCUAGUCACCAAGUGCUCACAUGGAGAGGAUAGUAGCGGUGAGGAGCAGCAUUCUCCAACUGUCCAGAGAGCUUCUGCAAGCAUGGGGGGAGGAGGAAGAGGAGGAGCCGUUGGUGCCAGUACCAGUACCAGCCCUCAAGAGAAAUGGAAUGAUGUUGACGAGCCAGACAUCACACCACCACAGCCCACCUUCAGACCCGCCCAUUCACCAGGACCACGGCUCAUAACUACAGCGACAUACACACCCCUGCAGCUUUUCCAGAUGUUUUUUACAGACUCUAUUCUACAGACCAUAACACAAAACACCAAUGAAUUCGGCUCAACUCACCAUUCAACACCCUCCACCCCAUGGAUUGAUGUAACAGUGCAAGACAUGCUGUCAUUCAUGUCUUUGAUCGUUUUCAUGGGUGUAGUAAAAUGCUCUGCACUUACUGACUACUGGCGAGGCAGUGAACUGUACAACUUCCUAUUCCCAAGAGAGGUAAUGACUGGGGAGAAGUUCCUCAGGAUCUUCGAGUCCCUUCACCUCAGCAACCUGGCGGACGAUGCUGCUAACGAGCAAAGGAGAGGCACGGCAUCCUUCGAUCGGCUCGCCAGAAUAAAGCCGCUCUACACAGAGAUAAGGGAAGCCUGCAGGAGGAACUACCAUCCUAGCCAGGAAAUAGCCAUCAACGAGAGGAUGGUUGCCUCCAAAGCCCACACUGGCACUGGCACUGACAUGAAAAGCAAGCCUGUUGGCUGGGGAUAUAAACUUUUCGUUCUGGAGGACUCCAGGAAUGGUUAUACGUGGGACUUUUUUGUCGACGAGGGGAAGUCCCACAGAAACAGCGGUAAGCGGCUCAGUUAUGAGUCUGUGAUGGAGCUUGUUGACGUAGGGAUUCUGGGCACCGGCUAUAAGCUCUUUGUGGACGACUUCUAUACAAGUCCAAUGCUUUUCCGUGAGCUCCUUCAGAAAAGCAUCUGGGCAUGUGGCCACAUCCGGCCGAACAGAAUUGGCUUCCCAAAGACCAAAGUCAACAGUCUUAGAUCAAAAUCUCCCCGCGGCAGCAUGCGGUGGAUCCGGAAGGACUCCCUCCUCUUUGUCCAGUGGCGAGACACGAGGGACGUCUUCCUAUGUUCAACGCUCCACACGGCCCAUUCAGACGACAGAGAGCAGAGGAGGGUCAGAGGUGCAGAUGGAAGCUGGCAGAUGAAGGACGUGUCAGUUCCACCAGCUGUGAAGGAGUACAACCGGUGUAUGGUUGGAGGGGACCUGUCUGACGGCCUGAUAGAUUACUACGAAGUCCUCCACAAGACGCAGAAGUGGUACAAGACCUUCUUUUACCAUUUUAUCGACAUUGCGAUUGUGAAUGCCUUCCUCCUCCACAAAGAGCUUGCAAUGGGUAAAGGAGAGACACCUCUGCACCAGAAGGCCUUCUGGGAGACCCUCGCUGAGCAGCUGGCAGAAGCAGGGUCUUCCUAUACAGCCGGACCCGUCCCACCUCCUGCUCCGCAGGGAGGACAUCACAAAUCUGUCUUUAUCAGCGGCACCGUGAAGUGCAGGCACUGCCAGGCUGAAACCCAAGUGAAAUGCUCCUCGUGUGAUGUGCCUUUGUGCUUUACCCCCACGCGUGAUUGCUACAAUGAAUGGCAUGUUGCCAAUAACCUGUAAUUGGUUAUCAUUGUAAAUUUGUGGAAAUAUGUGAAUAGUUUGUUAUGUUUACUAUGUUGUUAAAGG